GCUAGCUCAUUAACCGGCCUGUUUUUGCCCAAAAUCUGUAUCAGCCAGCUUCAUUCGUUCAAGAUCGGGAGGGGGAAAACGUAAAAGGGCUUUGCACAUGACAUAAAAUAGCGCUGCUAUUGUGUCUGUGGAGAGGGAUGCUUGUGUUCGCCUCUGUUUCAACCGUGUUGAGAUGUGCGAAUGAAAGUACAAGAGAUAUCUGCAUCGCCUAGGAGGGGCUCUCCGCCACACGACCGGAACGCAAUAAUCACAGGGCUCUCUGAGGGUGUAGAUCAGUGGGUGGAUGUGAUGGAGGCCCCGCUGGUCAGUCUGGAUGAGGACUUUGAGGAUCUGAGGUCCUGCCGGGCGGAGGAACUGGGACCCGAACCUCUGCGCCUGUACGGGACCACUCCCCCAGCCAGGGAGGACUUCUCAGAGCUGGAUAACUUCUCAGAGAUCAUGAGCUUCAAGUCCAUGGAGGACCUGGUCAACGAGUUUGACGAGAAGCUGAACGUGUGCUUCCACAACUACAACGCCAAGACAGAGGGCCUCGCCCCCGUGCGCAACCACGCCCACAACGAUGAGGAUGAGGAGCGCCUGCAGGACGAAGAGGUGUGGGACGCCCUGACCGAUAACUACCUGCCCUCCUCCGGCUCCGGCUGGGACGACGACGACACCGAGACGCUCAACGGAAGCUUCUCCGACCAGGAGAUCCACGAAAAGGAGGAAGAUGAGAUGAACGAGAAGAAUGAGAAUGCCAGCUUCGUUAGCGAGGAGCCCCUCGUUACUGCUGACCAGGUGAUUGAGGAGAUCGUGGAGAUGAUGGAAAAUUCUCCGGACCCGGGGGAGACCGAGGAAGAGGAGGAGGAGGAGAGCGUGGACUCGGCCGCGCAGGGCAACGCCUCCCUGCUGGAGGAGAUCAGGGUGUUGUCUCGGGCCUCCAACAACAACAGCUCAUGCGAAGGUCUAAGGCUGAUGCCCAGCUCCGUGCUGGAGGAGUUGCUGUGUCGGCUGGAGUCGGCCAUUCAGCAGUACUCGGAGGAGCUGGUGGAGCAGCUGGCCCGCAGGGAGGAGCUGGAGUACGAGAAGGAGGUGAAGAACUCCUUCAUCACGGCCCUGAUGGAGGUGCAGAACCGGCAGAAGGAGCAGAGGGAGCUCAGCAAGAGACGGCGCCGGGACAAGGCCACGAGCCCACAGGGUCCCGCCCGCACCGAGAAGACCAGCGCCAUGCCCGUGAAGCGCUUCAGCAUGGAGGGCCUCUCCAGCAUUCUGCAGGCGGGGAUCAGGCAGACGUUCUGGACCUCUGGAGCGGAGAAACAGUAUUUAAACACCGUGAUCCCGUACGAGGAGAAGGGAGCCCCUCCCUCAGUGGAAGACCUUCAGAUGCUGACGAGAAUUCUUUAUGCAAUGAAGGAAGACAGUGAGAAGGUCCCUACCUUGCUGACUGACUACAUUUUGAAAGUGCUGUGUCCCACCUAAAGAGGUGUUUGGGUCACAGAGAGAAGCGGAGAGGACCCCCCAUCCCACCUGAUCUUCAUCUCCAGCCCUGACUGCAUGACAGCCCAUCUAUGACUAAUGAUAUAUCACUGUAUCUAACCAUCCUCUCUUACGCAUCCAGACCCUGAAUAUAUCCAUCUGCUCAUCCGGUCUGGGCAUGCCUACAACUGCAGGGCCACAACAGCAGCACUACACCCUCACAAUGUUCAACCUCCUGGAAAUUUAUGCAGUUACCAGGCCUUCCGACAGUCGAUCGGAAGCCUGUUCUUUUUUUCCUCUUGUAUUGUUAUGGUUGAUGUCAUUACUGGUUGUUCUGUCUGGGGCAGUGCCUUCUUUAACCAAUUAAUAACCGAGUAAUUGAAAAGGGACAAUUUCUUGUUUUGUUGUUCCAAUUCCAAUUCUAAUUAUUUCCAAUUCUGCUGUUCCUAAGUUCACUGCGGCCAUGUCCUCUGGCAUUCUGGGAGAGCUCAGACUGCUGCGCUUCUCCUCAGGAAUGCAUGCAGCCAGUUGCUGCGCAGCUGCUCCGCAUGCGCAGCUGCCCCAUGCAGACUGCAGGCGCCGGAUGCGCUAGACGAGCGGCCCCUGCAUGCGGAGUUGGGUAGCCCUGCUGACCAAACCCCCGUUUCCCUGGACGAUGUGUGUGUCCAUUUCUUUCCUUACCGAAAUGUACACCCUUUAUGCUGAACCAACAUAAAAAGCCCAACCUAUAUGGAUUUUAUAAACGAAUACAUGAGGUAAUGUAAUCCAUAGGGAAUGCAAAAUUGAAUAAAACAACCCUAAGGUCCAUGUGAAGUUACCCAAUUGGUACUACGUAGGGAAUUAUUAUGCAACAACAAAUUGUUGUUGGCAAAUUACAUGGUUAUUACUUGGCUAAGGCACUAUAAAUGAAAGUUUAGCCAUGAGUUUUGUUCUCCAAAUGAUUGUGAUUAUUCCCACCUGUUUUUCUUCUGUGUUGCAAAGCCAUGCGCUAACAUACAUUGUGUGUUCGCAGAAAUACAUACACGUCUCGAAUAUGUACAUGUACAUUGCUGUAUAGUAGCUUGAGGUUUGCCGUUCUACACAAGUAGCUACUGUAACUGACCUAACUAAUGCUGUAAAUGAGAAGUUUCAAUGUCAUUCUGUUAGUCUGCUGCACGUCAAAAGGUUGGCUACUGCAUUCUGUAUAUACUUGUCUUGAAAUGACCUUGGCAGGAACUUGAGUCUCAUAUAAUGACAGUUAACAGAAAAAACAAAACAAAAUUGCGAAGCAGAUGUUUUGUCAUUAGAUAAUGGCAAGGUGUCCUAACAAUUUAGCAUGUUAUUGUGGGCACUUUCCUCAGCCCUUCUUUCCUAGUAAUAAUAAUAGAAAUUCUCUACAGCUGUGGUACUGAAACUACAGAGGCAAUGGUGGGUGCACGUCAUUGGCUGAGAAUGUUAUUGCUGUUGAAGUCUGUAAAAAGGUAGAAGUAAAUCAGGGUCACAUACAAGAAAUGGACCUAUUGCCUCAAUAGAUUCCACCGCCACCUUAUGGAUCCUUUACACCUUUAGGGGAAUUUAGAAAAUCGAAAUAGCGUCAGUCAUUAUGAUGGUAGCUGGCGGUGCUUACCGGUAAUCCUGUAAAUAACUUUACUGUAUAUCAUCAAGUUUAUCCCCACCGAGGCCUUCAAGCAUGCUUGUAAAUCACGAAAUUUGAAUUGUUACCGAAUUACCACGGUCAGGCGACACAGGAGGAAAUUAAUUCAGAUUCAAAAAGCCAUAUUUAACAAAAUGUCAUUUGUAAAAAAAAAAAUAAAAAAAAAAUGCAAUAGAAAGUGCAUUUCUCAGGAGUCCCUACUGUGUCUGGUUGUAUGUAGCUCAUUCACACUCUCCCCAAGCGCCAACACCGACAAAGCACAGGGUCUUAUACAGUGUCCUCUUAGCCCAAAUCACACCAUUUUGGGGCUUUUGGGGAAAAAAAAGUAAGGUGUGUUCUAUGUCCCAGGAAUAAAUCCCAAUUUUUAAUAAAAAUAUUCAUACCAUUAAA